CUUCAUCAUUAUAUUGAGAGGUUGGGAUAUAUUUGGCUAUUUACUAGGGCCUAUCACGCCAUAUGCAUUAAUGUCCUCGCCCAAAAGCCUGUACUCGUAUUGAGACUUGUGGAAGUCAGUGCUUUAUUUACACCUAGCACUGAAGAAGCAGUCUUCAACCAUCUCAUAGGAUCGCGCUUCUUACGAGGAUUCAUCCCGCUCCCUUCUUUUUUCUAUCCCAGCCAGUCCCAUCCUUCGAUAUAACAGUUGCGCCUCACUUAUGGUCAAGAUACAACCAGGACCACAUCCAGCAAUCCAAUAAUCAUCAGAGCCAACGCGUAAUCGAAACAGAUUGCCACUACCAACUUGAACAAAACGGUCAGCGUUCGUAUCAAAAGAGCGACAGUCGAAAAGAAGUUGGGAAGCGAGGCGACAUCGACUACGGAUGAGGGCGACGAAGACGACUGGCGCGGCACCCAUCUGGACCAUGACUGCUUGACGGGGCUCAGAUCUGCCAUGUUCAUCGACGAGAAGGAGGUUAACCCGGCGGUGCCGACCGUAGACUUGACAAGCCUCCACAGCGCCUCCCUGCCUCUGCUGGAAGAGCUCCCUGCCUCACCUGACGCUGCGGCCGGUCAUUGCAUCAAGUCUCACGCGGGUGAGACAGUGCAGGUCAAGACCCCGGUGACUGCAUAUUGUUUCGAACGGACGAGGUUUUGGAAUGUAUCUCGGCUAGCAAGUUCAAUGCGGUGCCUCGCCUUAUGAGGGGAGUGAGGGCCAGUGUGAUAAGCGAUGGGGGUAGCGAAAAACACGCCGGUCGUGUUUACGCAGCCCAACAUGCCUCCGUAGUGAAUAUUGACCCUGGUGGCAGAAUGUUGACAAGCUUGGCGGUUCUUUUAGCCUUGGUAUCGAAGUUGUGUGUGAAGCUUGGAGAUGGACCACCCAUUCACGUCGUGCUUCCUCGCUGCCAGGCAUUUUGACUUUGCAAAACCAGUUGUCAGCAUGCAUCAAGCCGGGGAUAGAAGAUCUCACAUGGUGUUAAUGAAGAUACAAUUGUGAUUUGAG